AGUAUUGUAACCGAUGUCGAGUUAAACGAAAGAAAUUUCGAAAAAUAAUUUCGAGGAUGGAGUACAUAUGGAGUUUCUAUAUAUUUCUUCUGUUUGUGGUUAAAGUUUGUGAGAUGACCCAAGAAAAGCCGAAUAUAAUUGUUAUCAUUGCAGAUGACAUGGGCUUCAAUGAUGUAGGGUUCCACGGAAGCGAUGAAAUACCAACACCAAAUGUAGACGCUCUUGCUUACAACGGUGUUAUCUUGAAUAGUCACUAUACUCAAGCACUAUGCACCCCUUCUCGAGCUUCGUUUCUUACUGGAAAAUAUCCAAUUCACAUAGGUAUGCAGCAUCUAGUAAUCUUGGAACCAGAGCCAUGGGGAAUGCCUUUAAAUGAAACAAUUAUUCCACAACUUUUGAAAAAAAAUGGAUACUCUACUCAUGCUAUUGGAAAAUGGCAUUUGGGCUUCUUCGAAAAAGAGUAUACCCCUACAUUCAGAGGUUUUGAUACUCACUAUGGAUAUUAUCAAGGACUUCAUGAUUAUUAUACCCACAUGACAUAUGGAACUUACUCUCAUAAAAUGGUUGGUUAUGAUAUGAGAAGAAAUUUGGAAGUGGAUUACAAUACCAAAGGCAAAUAUAGUACAACUUUAUUCACACAGGAAGCAGUAAGGUUAAUACACGAACAUGAUACCACAAACCCCAUGUUUAUGUACAUGGCUCACUUGGCUCCUCACUCAGGAAACGCUGAUAAUCCGUUACAAGCACCUGAUGAAGAAAUUGCUCAAUUUGCACACAUCAAAGAUCCAGAAAGACGUAUUUACGCAGCAAUGGUAUCAAUGUUAGACAAAAGCGUUGGCGCUAUAGUAGGAGCUCUUCGUGACAAACAAAUGCUACAAAAUUCCGUAAUCCUUUUCAUAUCUGAUAAUGGUGCUCAACCAAUGGGUAUUCAUGCAAACCACGGAUCUAAUUAUCCAUUUAGAGGGACCAAGAACUCAAUAUGGGAAGGUGGUCAUAGAAACAUAGCUGCCAUAUGGAGCCCGCUUAUUAAAAAACCUCAACGAGUUUCUAAUCAACUAAUGCAUAUUUCAGAUUGGCUCCCAACAUUUUGUUCAAUUGCAGGGUUAAAUAUGACUACCCUUCCCAAAAAUUUAGAUGGUAUGGAUAUGUGGGAUUCUAUUUCAAUGGGUACAGAAAGUCCAAGAACUGAAUUUGUUUACAACAUUGACGACAUAUUUAAAUAUGGAGGGGUUAGGCAAGGAGAUUGGAAAUAUAUAUACGGCUCUGCUACUCAAGGACAAAUGGAUAUAUGGUAUGGAAACAACGGGACAUCCGUGGACUAUUUCUACGAUAUAGAACAGAUUUUGACAUCUAAAACCGCAACAGCACUUACAGGGCUAAUAACCUAUGAACAAAUACAAGAUAAAUAUUCGAAAAAUCCUACCAGAAACUUGAAACCAGUAGACAAAACUCUGAUAAAAAAAUUGAGAAAGGAUGCUACGAUCAAAUGUGCACCGCCAGAUCCUGACCAACUUGAAGAAACGAAAUGUAAUCCUCUUCAAUCUCCAUGUUUAUUCAACAUCAGGGAUGACCCUUGUGAAAGGAUUAACUUAGCUUCAACCAGGCCUAAUGUGCUUAGAAAUUUAGAAUACCUUAAUCUAGAAUACAGAAAAACUGCUUUGCCUCCUGGGAACAAACCAGCAGAUCCAAAUGCUGAUCCAUUAUUAUGGAACAACACUUGGGUGAGCUGGAGAAGCUGUGACAGUAUUCUCAAAAUAAAAUUAAUGGAAGUGUCUUCGUUAUCCUCAAUGGGUAUUAUACUGAUUGUUGGGGCUUGUUUAUUGAUAAUUGUUAUGAUAGCUAUUUUAGCGAAAGUAAAUAAAAGUAAACGGAAAACUGAAUGUAUACCGAGGGAUCUAUUAGUUCAGGAAAAUGUGUAACAUAUUAGGGUCAUUUCAAGUUCAAUCCAACUUCUCUGAAUUUGACGAAACUUACUCGAUAGCUCUUUAAAAACCACAGAAACUUUUAAUCUACGAGAAUUUUAAAAUAAUCACAUAUAAUUCUAUAAUAUACCUAUUGUACUAAAAACGAGCGUGAGGCAGCAAUGCCUAUGUAAACAUAUUAUCUUUCAUAAGAUUAUCUAAGGAUCAUGUUAGUAAAAAGUUUUUAUCUAUUCUAUAAAUUGAAACGUUUAUAUGAAAACUGAUUAUCAGAAUAUAUUCAGAGUCUUAGUCUUUUUUAGUUUUUAACUAGAAACUUCAUUUUGAUUUAUCGACAUCCAUUGGAUGGAAUUGCCAGAGAGGUGACUUUAAAUUAGUACAAAAAGAAAGUGUGAAUGUUAAAAUUUUAAGCAAUCGCUUAAAAUUACGGGAACAUCUAGUUCGUGCAACAAACUCAACAAAUUUUUUGGAAACAUUCAAUCCCUCUAUUCUUUCUUUAUUAUAGAUCUUUUCAUUAUGCUUUCCUAAAGACUUCGCCUCAAAUUCUGAGCAGGCAUAACAAACUUCAUGUUGAAGCUAUAACAUAAUUUGGAAGCUUGCAUUUAAUGCUGAUAAUUUCAAUUAUUUCAAUUUAAUAAUAAUUUUCAACACAACACUUAAUUAGAUCUAUUAUUUUGUUUAUUUUUUAUUUUUAAAUCUAAUUUUGACUCAUUAAAAGCUCUGACUGUUCGAGGACAUCAGAAAUAUUAUAAAAUCGUAACAAUUAUAUCAUCUAAACUAAUGGUACACAAUACUUUGAUUAACAUGUGAAAUGUAGUCAAUAAUAAUGUGAUUAAUAUGAGAAAUUCAGGAAACUCUGUCUCAAUAAAUUAUAUUAGGAGCCAUUAGAAAGGCGUAUUUGUAAUUGAGAGAACGUCAUGUUAAAAUUAUGAGCUCAUUUCACAUCCAUCGACUAGAAUUAGCAAAAGUGCGAAAUUCUGAAUUGAUUCUAAAACGUAGCAUACAAGACGAUCCGAGUAAAAAUUUGAGAAUUUUGGCAAUGUCGUUGAGUCUCCCCAGCAAAUCACAAUGCUUUAAGGUUAUAAUUUUUUCUAUUGGGCUUCUUGCAGAAUAUACUAUUUACUGAGUACAAAAUCGGAAAGGCUCGACAUUCUUGGAUUUCGUACUAUAUACUUACAAUGACUUUGUAAAACACGACACUUAGGUAUUCAACUUCUGUUAAAUAAUUAUAUAUUUUAUGUUCAUACAAAAAGUACAUUUAAAAUAUGUAAGUAUUCAUGUGUUUUUACUGUUUUGAAAAAACAUCACUGAAUACAUAAAACCUAUUUAUUCAUAGUUGAGAUAUUUUUCAGAAUGAAAAAUUUUCUUAAAACUGACUGUACAUAAUUAAGUGGAUAAUCAUUAAAUGUUUAUUACUGUUA